AACUAACGUGACGUCACGUAAACAUGGCCGCGCACAGAGUGGAGCUGCAGCACUGUAAAUAGAUCAUAUUCGCUUAAAGCCACUGCCUUAAGCCCCCAUUAUGCACCUUUAACGACAGUUUCUCACAUGACUUGAUGCUGACAUCUGCUGAACCAGAAGUGACAAAGUACAGCAAGUCGCAGAAGCGUAUCAUGAGACGAUAUCCAGCUGACAGCGUCGAGUCGUGUUGCUUACUUCCUUGUUUUUUUUUUUACCUCUGGAGCUGAGGACUGAACUUUCGAUUGGGAUAACUGGGAUGUCUGGUACUGUAAAGAAUGCAACAUAAGUCUGUCCUUCAGUUUGCUCCUGCUUUUACUUAACUCUGCUUUGUUUUUGGGAGUUAAAUGCGCAAUGAGAAAAAGCAAGUCUUUAUUAUGAAGGGAAUAACACUCAGGUUGUCAUUGAUCUGCUCCCCUUAUGUCCAGCAGCCAUGGUGAAUACAGUCUAGAGAACAUAAACAUCCUUAUGGGCAGCAGGAACCAGAAAGAAACUGAAGAUGGACAGCAGAGUCUCACCGGUCCUCCAACUGGACUCUCUGCCCCUCCUGAGGAUCUCCUGGAUCAGGACCCCUCCUCCACACCUAAGUUCAUCUAUGUGUUGGCCUUUUUCUCCGCCCUGGGAGGAUUUCUCUUCGGGUAUGACACCGGAGUGGUGUCCGGGGCCAUGCUGCUCCUCAAGAAGGAGAUGAACCUGAGCACCCUGUGGCAGGAGCUGCUGGUUUCAAGUACUGUUGGGGCUGCGGCGCUCUCUGCCCUGAGUGGGGGCUACUUGAAUGGAUGGUUCGGGCGCAGGAUCUGCAUCCUUUUGGCCAGUUUCAUUUUCAGCGUCGGAGGCGUCAUCUUGAGUGUUGCCCCGGAUAAGGAGGUGCUUCUUGUGGGCAGAAUCACAGUUGGUUUGGGGAUAGGCAUUGCCUCCAUGACAGUUCCGGUGUACAUUGCUGAAGUUUCUCCCCCUCACCAGAGAGGCCAGCUUGUCACGGUCAACUCACUCUUCAUCACUGGUGGCCAGUUUAUAGCCAGUGUGGUGGAUGGAGCUUUCAGCUACAUGAGUCAUGACGGCUGGAGGUAUAUGCUGGGUUUGUCUGUUGUCCCGGCUGUGCUGCAGUUUGUGGGUUUCUUCUUCCUGCCUGAAAGCCCCCGUUGGCUCCUCCAAAAGGGCCGGAGUGAAGAAGCCCAUCACGUUCUCAGUCAGAUCCGAGGUACCCAAGUAAUCGAGGAGGAGUACAACACUAUCAAAGCCAGCAUCGAGGAGGAGAAAGAGGCUGGUGGAGAAGGCUCUGUUAUUUCCCGGAUCCUCGGUCACGGUCCGACUCGCAGGGCUCUCAUCGUUGGCUGCGGUCUGCAGAUGUUCCAGCAGCUGGCGGGAAUAAACACAGUCAUGUAUUACAGUGCAACCAUUCUGCAGAUGGGAGGGGUGAGGGAUGUGAAACAGGCCAUCUGGUUGGCUGCUGCUACUUCUGCCAGCAACUUUGUGUUCACCAUGUUGGGAGUCUGGCUGGUGGAGAGAGUGGGCCGCAGGAAGCUGACACUGGGCAGCCUUCUUGGUACCGGUCUGAGUCUGGCUUUGUUGGCUGUCGGGUUCUUGCUCUCUGCUCAGAGUUCUCCUCCCGUCACUCUCCACCCAGUCGAUCCUCAAAACUCAACUUGCAGUCUUUACAGGUCCUGUGAGCCCUGCAUGUUGGAUCCAGGUUGUGGAUUUUGCUUUCUUGAAAACGGCACCACAGUGUUCGACUCCUCCUGCGUCCCCGUCAAUGAAACAUCCAAAGACCAAGCAGCCUGGGGGAGAUGUUCCAACCUCACAGAGCAGGCUGACAGCCCGACCUGGGCCUACAACUACUGUCCCACAUCGUACUCCUGGAUCAUCCUGAUGGGCCUCAUCCUCUACCUUGCUUUCUUUGCUCCAGGUAUGGGCACCAUGCCUUGGACGGUGAACUCUGAGAUCUUCCCGCUGUGGGCACGAAGCACCGGAAACGCCUGCUCAGCUGGGGUCAACUGGAUCUUCAACGUCCUGGUGUCCCUGACGUUCCUUCAUGUUGCUGAGUUUCUCACUUAUUACGGAGCGUUCUUCAUGUACGCGGGCCUGGUGGUGCUGGCUCUCGUCUUCGUCUACGGCUGCCUCCCUGAGACGAAGGGCCUGCAGCUGGAGGACAUCGAGAACUUGUUCAUGGGUCCGCUCUGCUCCUGUGGAGCCUCCUCACCAAACGACACUCGACACGUCCACUACAUCCGGGUAAAAGGAAACAACUACCUCCCCUCUGACAACGAGGCCUCUGAUGUAGAGUAGUCUGGGAACGUUUCUCUCUGCCCCUCUUUUGGUUUGCUGCUGAUGUGGGGAGGAGAGGGAAUCUUGCCCCCUGGUGGCCGUGGUGAAACAUGAACACAGAAGCCUGGAGUUCUCUGGUGAUUGACUUUUACUGACUCUUCCCUCCCUCAGGUGACAUUCUGCAUUCAUCUGUUUUUCCUUAUCUCACCUGGAAUUUGAGCUUUAUUUUUAUUCUUUUGUUCAUUUGUCUUCUUUUCUCUGUAUUACAAAAAGGGAACAUUGAAGCUAUACAUUCUGGAAAAUUUGGGAGCAGAGAUGGUGUUGGUGCGAACUGAUUCAUUAAUAAUCCAGCCAAGAUGAUCAUCUAUAUUUAAGAACAAUCAAAAUUAACUAUCAGGAGCAAAUAGUUUUAUAUUUUCUUCAGCGAGUUCAGAAACUAGUGAAAUAGUUUCUCUCUUCCCAUUUCCUGUUUUUUUUAAACACUAUGAGAUUUUUAUUUUUAUGUAAUGCCAAAAAAUUUUUUGGCAUGAUUCUUUCAGAGCAUCCUCUUUUUUAUAUGAUGCAUGAAAAUCACACUGAAAACUGCUCUUAGCAGCAAGAAUGUCUUUGUGCACUGAUCUUAAAGAGUUCGUCUUUUUAAGUGGGGUUGUAAGAGGUAUUCGUCAAUAGUAAGUGCUUUACCCACAGGGGAAUGCUGGUCAGCUCAAGCCCUUUAUUGAGCUGGAGAACUGAAGUGGAAGCUAUGCUAUUAAGCCCUGCAGACAGGGUCAGCUCUACCAUGUUAUUUAGCUUAAAGAAAGUGUGACCCAAACCUAAAGUCAGUGUCAGUGUGUAUGCUACUUUACUUUGCCAUCAGAAAGCCCAUUCAUUCUUGCACUAUUCUUGGAUAUGACCUAUACAUAUUCCUAUGCCUGCAGCACACUGAUCUGAUAUAAUGUGAGUUAAGAAAUGUUGAACGCUGAAUGUUAUCAUGCUGACAUAGUAAUGGCUUUAGAUUUUUUAUUUCAGCUCAAUUUUCCCCUCAAACAGCUAACACAGUGUAUUGUGAUAAGGUACACAUAUCAUGCAGAACACAGGUCGUGUCAUUAUGUAAUUACAAAACAGUGAGAAACUUACUUUGAAGGUGCAUUUCCAGAUUGCUUUUCUAGUUUUCCAAUUUAACUUCUAAAAACUGAAGAAAGUUGUUAAAACAGUAGAGUUCAGUGAGGAGGAGACUCUGGAUGGUUAGUGAUGCAGACUGUAGCUGUUUGUGAGCUGCUGGUAUCCUCUGAUUCACAAAGGUCCUGAAGCACUGCAGUUAAAAAGUCCCUCUACUGCAGUCCCAGACAGCAGUAGCUACCAGCUCACACAUCUCCAUCCCCAGGCAGGAGCAGGAGACACAGACAUUAGUGUUUGGGAAGGAAGCUUCUUAAAGCUAGCUGAAUUAUUUGAUGGAGUUGACUCUGACUGCAGCAGUUGAUAGCUUAGCUUCCAAGCUUUCUCUUCAGCAGAUUUCUCAACAACAGAGCCGAGCUGACCAGGAUCUCUAUACUGUAUACUUUUGACAGCCUCUUACAACCCCACUUCAGAAAACCAGAACUAUCCCUUUAAUAACUUGCAGUUUCAAAUUCAUGAAGACUUAAAAUUUACAAUCUAGAAAAGACCAUAUUUUUAUGACCAUUUGAAUAUUUGCUAUCUUAUAUGUUUAAACUCUGUCAAAGCACAUUCCUGUUAAAAAGCACAAUCAAAGGGUUUAACUUUUUAAUAUAGGCAGGAGUGGAACAACAUAUCUAAAUGUGGGUUGCUGCUAUUGUGUAAGAGGAAAGUUUUGCACUUUAAAAACCAAAAAAGUGUCUUUUUUUUGUAGAUUUUUGUACGUCAGACUGAUAGAAUGAGUUGCUCAAAUCUUCAAUUUUCUAGCACUCUGCAGAAGUCAGCUCGACACAGUAUGGAGCAAUGGAGGAAGACAGUACCAUAUCCUAUAUAGCUGUAAGUACAGCAUCAAGGUGAUAAGGUGUGCUUCUAUUGUUCUGCUUUGCUGCUGCCUUAUUUAAUACACCUUUUACAUGUUGUAUUUCUUUGUUUUCACAGCUCAAAUAAUGACGAACCCUGAGCAACAUCCUUCUCACUGCAUUGCUCACUUAUGUUGCCACUUUGCUUGUUGCCCUUCUAAAAACUGACGCACAUUCACAUUUUAAGAUUUCUGAUGUGAUCUUGUUUUUAUGCUCUUUCUUUACAACUGAUAAAUGUCCUUUUAAAAUGUUUUAUAGAUGAACAUACGCUAUUUUUUCUUUACAUUCCUUCUUGGAUUGGGGUUUUGUGAAAGGUUUCAAGAAAAGUUUAUCUGCAAAGCACAAAUAAAUCCAAAGGCAGAGGAGCUCCAAACAUAAGAGAAAGUCUUUGCCGUUUUGAAUCUGAGAUUUUGUUUCAAAACAGCGAACGUGCUAUUAUAUGUAGCAGCAUCACGAGUAAAUAUAAAAUAGGUUAAUAAAAAAGUAUGCAUGGGAUGCUGUUACUUGUGCUCCCAGCCAAGAGCGUCUCAAGAUCCUGUCUUCAGGGCUCUAUCUGCUACAUCCUGCAGCAGCAUUGAAUGCACCAUUGUAAGAAUAUGUUGUAUGCAUAGAUUCAUUUCUAAACUGAGAAAGAGUCUUUGCAAAUAAUAUAACUUGGUACACAGUUGAAUUUAUUCCUAUAGCUAGAAGGAGUAAUGUGGCCCAAUCUUCAUGUUCUUACUUUUGGUGUUCAGGUUUCCUACAAAUGUCAGGGAAUGUCUAAAGUUAAUAACUUUCUGAUGAGUUUGGAUAUUGCAAGAAAUGGGGACAUAAAAUGUUACAUAAACUUUAGGCUUCUGAAUCCUUUCACAUGAUGUUAAACUCAUGGGUAGAACGAUAGCAAUAAUAUUUAUCAGGCACUAAUCAUGUUAAUUUUAUGAUAACCAGCCUGUGUUGGAAAAUGUUCAGAUGUUUUAUGGUACAGCAGACUUUAUUGAUCCUCAGUAGGACAGUCAUAAUGUUUUUUAAAGACCAUAGAUUUAUCAGCUUGAUGAGAAACAUGGUGUGUUUUUCAGGUACAUUGAAUGUAUUUUAAUUCAAAAUGAUGAUAAUUUAUCAGAAGUUACAUUCCAUGUAUGUCUGAUUAGAUAUGUUUGAUAUGAUCUCUUGGAAGUAAACAUACUCAAUAAUGAGUUUUUAUUUUGUUACAUAUAAAACUUGCAUUUCAGCUUUUAUUUAUCCAGCAUCAGUGCCUCUGUAACUCAUGACUGACAUCUCACAUAAUCCACAAACCUUGUUUUGAGUAAUGAUUGCAAAUAAAAGUCAUUUGUCAGACGUG